AUGCAACAAAACUACCAAGAUGCCACGGCCAUAGUCGCUAAGUAUGGAAAACCAGACUUAUUCCUUACGCUCACUUGCAAUCCCACGUGUCAAGAUGUUCAAAAAGCCCUCUUCCCUGGCCAACAAGCACAAGAUCGACCCGAUAUUGUUGCCAGAGAGUUCCAGCAGCACCUACGUGAACUCAUGACGGAUAUAACAAAAAAACACGUACUCGGCAAACCAAUCACCCACAUCUAUGUUAUAGAGUUCCAAAAGCGGGGUCUCCCACACUGUCAUCUACUCAUCAUCUUGGCAGAGCAUAGCAAAUUACGAGACCCAAGCGACAUCGAUUCCAUAAUAUCGGCACAAAUACCUGAUCUAACAGAACAUCCCGAGUUGUUCCAAGUCAUAAAGACAACGAUGGUUCACGGUCCAUGUGGAAUCCUCAGCAAACGUGCACCAUGUAUGGCCGACGACAAAUGCACAAAAGACUAUCCAAAGGAGUUCCGAGAAACAACAGCACUUGCAAUCGACGGAUCCAACGCCAAAUAG